AUGAUUUUAUUGAAGAGAACAAAAAUUAGGGGCCUCUCCUCUGUAAGUUUGCAAAGAAGAACUCACAGUAGACUAGUAAAUCCCAUAAGGCAACAACAUCAACAAAUUGCCAAGCAAAGGAGCUCAAAAAUUUUGAAAAACGUACAUUUCUAUGAUUUUAGAUCACUGCCCAAAGUACCUACUACACAGUAUUUGGAAGCUAGGGAGCUAACUCGUGAUAUUCUGUACAGCGGAUACAGGCCAGUCAUGUACCCAGUGAAGGAAAACCCGCUGUUUAGAGACAAGAAGAAGAAAUCUUUACAAAUGCUAUUAACAAUGGACGAGACAGCAAACGCGGAGGCGAAAACGAUCGAUAAGAGUAAGCAUAAGAACGUAUUGUUUGGUGAACGUGGAACGGGCGGCAUAAUGUCAGGCGGCGUGAACGGUACAUGGAAGUAUAACCCUACCGUACCUAAUGAACUGUUACCAUUCAACUGGUGGUCUACGUCCAGUAUGGGUAUGGAAUAUUUCCCUGAAUGGAAAAACGUGCCCUCAUAUAUGAUGAGAAAGUUGAAACCGUUUGAUAAAGCUCUGCAAGUGCGAUUAACACAUAAAAGCAAAAAAAAGGUGGAUUAA